AUGGAGUACCGCCCGCUGGCGAUCGAGGCGCUGCUGCGGGUGCGGCUCGAGAUCUGCGUGCUCGAGUCCUUCGUCUACGAGGCGGUGGUCCCCUUCGUGGAGAAGAAGGGCUUAGGAUGGGUCCUGCCGUUCCGCGAGACGCUUGACACCGUCAUCGCGGGCACCGUCUUCGCCGUCGCGCUGAACUUCAUCUUGUUUGGGACAACGCGGAUCUUAGCCGUGUUGUCCAUAUACCACGAUUUCAUCGUCGGCGCCCCGAGCCGCCUCAUCGGCUUCGCGAUCAUCCCCGACCCUCCGAAGCCGAAGGAGAUGCUGUCUACAGCCAGACCUCCGACACUUCCACUUGACCCUAGAUGUAUACAUACAUCAGUGUGUAGAUUCCCCGAGCAGUGCUUGCACUUAAUUAGGGUUCUGACUUCUGUUCUAAGGAACUGGGCCUGGGUGUCGGUCUGGGCGGCUCCGUGCUCGCCCUCGCCGCCUCGUCGCCGCCCGUCGUCUGGGCCUGGGUGUUGGCUGGUCUGGCGGCUCCGUGUUCGCCGUCGCCGCCCCGUCGCCGCCCGUCGUCUGGGCUUGAGUGUCGGUCAGGCCGCUCCGUGCUCGCCGUCGCCGCCCCGUCGCCGCCUAGAUUGGACACCAUAG